AUGUUCGUUAGAAAUGACGCCAAGGAGUUCAGAUUUUGUCGUUCGAAAUGUCAUAAGAACUUCAAGCUGAAGAGAAAUCCCCGUAAACUCAGAUGGACCAAGGCUUUCCGUAAGGCUGCUGGUAAGGAGAUGGUUGUUGACUCUACAUUAGCCUUCAAUGCCCGUAGACACGUUCCAGUUAGAUACAACCGUGAGCUCGUUGCUGAGACUUUGCAUGCUAUGGCCCGGGUUGAGGAAAUCAGACAAAAGAGAGAAAGAGCCUUCUAUAAGAACAGAAUGCGUGGUAAUAAGGAGAGACAAAAGGAACAGGACAGAAAGCUUGUCGAAGCCAAUCCCGAACUAUUACGGCAAAGAGAUGUGGAACUUUCCAGACAAGCUGCCAAGGAAGCUGCUGCUCAAGAAGACAGCGAGAUGGAGUACAGCGAAGAAGAAGAGUUCCAAUCCGAAGAAGAAGAACAACAACAAAAGGUUGCUAUUAUGGUCAAGAACAAAAAGAAGCGAUCCAAGGUUCAAGCUGGUGGAAUGGAUUUGGACUAA